UUCACGUCUCAGCCAAUGGGCGCGGCCUUGCGAGGCGCGGGCAAGCCCACCGCCAAGCAGUGGUCUGCGGCCAAGUGUCGGUGCACCCUCUCCUUGUGCUCACAGCGGCCCAGGCCUGACUCGGCCAUGGCGUCCCCAGCAGGCGGGGUGGUGAUCGUUGGCAGUGGACUCAUUGGACGGAGCUGGGCUAUGCUAUUUGCCAGUGGAGGCUUCAAGGUGAAACUCUAUGACAUUGAGCAACAGCAGAUAACAAAUGCCCUGGAAACCAUCAGGAAGGAGAUGAAGUGGCUGGAGCAGUCCGGGUCUCUGAAAGGCUCUCUGAGCGCAGAGCAGCAGCUGUCACUCAUCAGUGGUUGCGGCAACCUCGCAGAGGCGGUAGAGGGCACCAUGCACAUUCAGGAAUGUGUUCCAGAAAACCUGGAGCUGAAGAAGAAGAUCUUUGCCCAGCUUGAUCGCAUUGUGGACGACAGAGUCAUCUUAAGCAGUUCCAGCUCUUGUCUGCUGCCUUCCAAGCUGUUUGUGGGCUUGGCACACGUGAAGCAGUGCAUUGUGGCUCAUCCUGUGAAUCCACCAUAUUAUGUCCCGCUGGUUGAGCUGGUCCCUCAUCCAGAGACAGCCCCAGCCACGAUGGACAGAACCCAUGCCUUGAUGAGGAAGAUUGGACAGACCCCAGUUCGAGUCCUGAGGGAGAUCGAGGGCUUUGUCCUGAACCGCCUGCAGUAUGCAAUCAUCAGUGAGGCCUGGAGGCUGGUGGAGGAAGGAAUAGUGUCUGCUAAUGACCUGGACCUGGUCAUGUCAGAUGGGCUGGGUAUGCGGUACGCAUUCAUCGGACCCUUGGAGACCAUGCACCUCAAUGCAGAAGGGAUGGUGAGCUACUGUGACAGAUACUGUGAAGGAAUAAAACACGUCCUGAAGACUUUUGGGCCCAUUCCAGAGUUCUCAAGAACCACAGUUGAGAAAGUUAACCAGGACAUGUGCAUGAAGGUUCCUGAUGACCCAGGCCACUUAGAUGCUAGAAGGCAGUGGAGGGACGAUUGUCUCAUGAGACUUGCCCAGCUGAAGCGCCAGGUGCAGCCCCAGUAAAUUUCCUGCAAUGCCACUGUCACUCCUUCCUGGAAGUCCCAUUUGGGGAGAUUAAAAGCACUUGAUACAAUUCCUCUACAGCAGUGAGAAGCCUACGGUGCUGGCCUGAAGACCCAGGUUACUCUGUGUGUUUAGCCACAGGUGACUGUACACACCAAAUGUCUUCCAGUCACUCUGGCCUCGCCCUAGAUUGGGCUCUCAUGGCACUUCUUGGGCUCUGAGAUGUGGGUUUCCUGCCAUCUUGGCAAAUAGUCUGAAGGUUUUUGCCUUUUCUUUCCAGUGUGAUUACACAAGGCUAUGUCUCCAGCCAUUGGCUGCAGUUUCUUGCUGUCUUAAUCUACUUCAAAACUAAUUUGUAAUCAUUUUAUAAUCCCUUUCUGAGUGCCCAGUGGUCCUACAUUUCUGAGGCAAUCACUUUCAUUUCGCUAGUGCUUAUUCUGAAUAAAAGCUUUGAUUCCACAAGGACAACCUUUUUCUUCUCCUCUUUCUGAGAAUGAAGUAUCCAAUCUGAUUGUCAAUGUGCUUUGCAGUGACCACAAGGGAUGGAUAAUAAGCUAAUACUUUGUUCUGGGUCCUUUGUCAUUCAAUAAAAAUCCACUAGAUUGAUGA